AUGGAUGUUCCGCAACCAGAUGAAGGGGAUAUCAAUGUCGGUACUGAUAUUUUCAGAGCUUGCUGGGUCCUAACCGGCUUGGUCGGCGCCGUUCUAGUCUUUAGAUGCGCAGUGAAAGCAUGGAUCCGAUGGGCAUUACCUCAAGUCUCCGCGCCUGGCAGAAUAUGGGGAUUGGAAGAUGUUUUCUUCUUCUUUGGGUACACCGUGGAUAUCUUGCACAUGACUUUGAUACAGCAUAGUUAUAAUUGGGGCCUGGGGCGACACUUCUAUUACCUGACGCCCGAAGAGAAGGUGCAAGCGCUACGAUAUGAUUUUGCUUCCCAGCCCUGUGCCGUGGCUGCCGCCAUGAUAUCAAGAACAGGAAUGAUGUGGUUUCUUCUAUCAUGUUUCGCCAACAGUAAUCGACGACUACGUAUUUCGAUUAUCAUCUGCAUGAUUGUCCAGAUUGUUGUCAACUCGAUUACUAUUGUUCAAAUCGUGGUGCAAUGUGGACCGAAUCCUUAUCACUCUACCGAUCGAACAAAAUACUUUCAUUACAUGUGGGAUCCUCUCCCGAGUGAUGGAUCGGUGAAAUGCCAGUCACCUCAUGUUCAGACCACUAUCGGAUAUGUCCAAGGAGCUUUCAACACAAUAAUCGACAUGUAUCUCGCCGGCAUCUCGGCCUUUGAGUUAUGGCAAUUCUUCAUUCAGACGCUACAACGCAAUCCUAGUGUUUCUGUCUGGGCGCAGUUCAGCAAGAUUAACCCUAACGUCCGGUCUCGUCGGAUAUGGCAGACAUUGACUCUUUCUGGACCACUUGUGCUUUCUGGCGCCGCUUCAAUUGUCAAGACUUAUCUCCUUCAAUCGCUGGGUGACAGACUCGAUUUUACUUAUAACAUCGUUACCUUCAUUCUCUGGGUUAAAAUCGAAAACUACGGCAUCCUAAUCGCCACCUGCGCCCCCGUCAUCCGCCUCUUCCUCCGCACAUUCGUCGACAUGAGACGCGAAGGCCGAUACGGUGGCUACCCCUGGAGCCGCUCACACUCCAGUAAUCCACACAACUCAAACGAGAACAGCAGCAGUAGUGGUCAGCAGGAAAUAGAAAUGAAGCGUGGCAACAAAUUCCAGCAACGAUUCAACCUCAGCCGGACGGAUGGCAGCCGGGUCGAUCCGGAUAAGACGUUUGACUCGCUGUUUGAUGAUAGUUACCUUCUGAAUACCGUGGAUGAUGAGAGCAAACAUGUCCCUAGCGCAGCUGGUCCUUCGCAUACAAUCAAUCUAGUUGCACGUAUGCCUUCGCCGGUUAACAGCAGAGACACCCGCCACAGCACCGGUGUUGGCGUAACAGUCAAAACAGAUAUCGUCGUCGAAGUUGAUGAGGAAUUGGGCAUGUCUCGUGGUAGUGAGUCAUCUUCACAGUCAAAGGAUGGCCAUUUAUAUCCCACAUUUACGCUGCAGGAUGAUCAGAGUUGGGUUGAGAGGCAUGCAUCGGCUUAUGUAUGGAAGACUUCUAAUCAGUGA